AUGUAUACUGAUGGAGGUGAGCGGACUAGCGUGCAAGGCUGCGACGCGAAGGUGGCAGUAAUUGACGGCCUUAAGAGCGGUCGGCUGCUGGAGGUUCUGGUCGUGGCGGACCCGAAGGACCUUGCGAAGCCGGGUAAGCUGUUCGACCUUGCACAAGAUAGUGUGCGACUAAUAGUACUGCCGCCCAAAGACCUCGACGAGUACCUGGGCAAAGUUCCGGUGUUGGAGUCCGAGCGUGGACAGAAGAACAACAAGUUGGACGGACGGGCGGCAGUGCUUGAGGCGCGGGCGGCUGAGUACCGACGUGCCGUGGACGUUUUGGCGACCAGCGUUUGGCGCGGUUUGGUGGCACCCAAGAACCGAUUGUACGCAUUGGACAAACCAGUCGCCGACCAAAUUUACGAAGACAUUAUGCCAAGAAGAAUGGCCCCGGCGCAACCCGUAGAGGGCACUGCGCGACCCUUUAUUAAGGACUGGCGACCGAUCACUGAGGAGGACUACAACUUGCUCCGGAAGCAACACUUCGAGUGCCCAGAACGCAACUUAGAGGUGGACGGCGAUUUAGCCGCAUUGAACAGGAUUACGAUCCGCUCUACAGUUCCCGGAAAAACCAAGUCGCGCAUGUGGCCCCUCGUCGUCGGCCAGAGACUGUUGGAAUAUGCCGUCGUGUUUGUUGCGGUCGCGGGCCUCCAGCACUGGCUAUGCACAAGCAGCUAUUGGGAUGACGUAAGGGGCUCUGUCACCACUGGCAACGGCGGCGCCGACGGCGGUAGGGCCGAACUAACUAAUGGGACCAUGGCCCAAGCUUUGCAGCAAGUGGGAACGACCAAGGGUCCAAGUUUGUUAACCAAAAUAUUCAACAGCUGGAACACCAUGAUAGGGGACCACGUUCGCGACGUUGCCAGCAUCAAAGAGAUCCCCCCUCUCCCUCUGGGCAGGUAUGCGAACCAUGAUUUAUACGAUAGAUACGGUGUAUUUGUGGACCCUAAAACGAAAACUGACCUGCAAUCCUUCCGCGCUCCACGUGAAAGGUGUGCGAACAUGAUAAACGAGCCGGCUGCUACGACGGACAUCAAUCUCCAGGGAAAACUUCUCAAGACGGACUACAAUCUUUGCGGGUCCAACGUGAACGGCACCUUGGUCUGUCGCGACUUGAAAAUUCGAAACCCACAGUGUUUCCAAUUUGUCUCCGGCCAGCCUGAUGAUCCACGCGGUCUCUUCUCCUUAUGGGACAUGAUGGAUAGAAUCUUUGUUCUCAAAGGAGAUGAAUGUUUUCUUCGGUGCGAUGACCCCGAGAGAGUCAAAAGUAAUCUGCUGGAUCGGAAGGUGAUUGCCCGUAGAUCCGACAUACGUCCGGCUGACGAGAUGCAACUGUACCGGACAGCACCAGCGUGGAAAAUCAUGGGGAACGACACCUCUACGCAGACCACCCCGAACUCUACGGAGACCACCGCUAACUCUACGCUUGCCGCUAACUCUACGCAAACCACCCCGAGCUCUACGCAAACCACCCCGAGCUCUACGCAAACCACCCCUUACUCUACGCAGACCACCCCGAACUCUACGCUUGCCGCUAACUCUACGCAGGCCCCUUACUCUACGCAAACCACCCCGUACCCUACGCAGACCACCCCGUACCCCACGGAGACCACCCCGAGUUCUACGCAGACCACCCCGUACUCUACGCAGUCCACCCCGUACUCUACGCAGAACACCCCGAACUCUACGCUGACCGCUAACUCGACGCAGACCCCGUACUCUACGCAGACCGCCCCGAGCUCUACGCAUUCCAUGGACUUGAUGAACCGUCUGCCUAUGGGUCAGUGGGUGAAGCAAGAUUCGUUGAAUAAGUACGGUUUGUUCAUAGACCCUAAGACGGGAAUUGACCUGCAGUCGUAUCGCGCGCCGUGGGACAAAUGCCAGGAGAUGAUAGGGCAACGGAACGAUAUGGACAACCGGGUCGACGAACUUUUGCCGACUGACCAUGAGCUGUGCGGCAGAGAGAACGGUACUUUGAAGUGUCAAAACUUGAGGGUGCGCAACCCCCAGUGUUUCCAGUUUGUGUCCGGAGACGCGAACGAUCCACGCGGUCUAUAUUUCUUGUGGGACAUGAUUGAUAGGAUCUUUCACCUCGUAGGCAAAGAGGACUGUGUCAUUCGCUGCGACCAUGCCGACGCAAUGAAGGACAGACUGGUAGAGGCGGCCAGGAUGAGAGUCAAACCGACGGUUGUAGAUUACUCGGAGACUGGUGACUACACGGAGGCCCCUGCCAUCAGGCAGGGCCCUUACUACACUGGGAACUACCCGGAGACCACCCCGAAUUCUACGCAGACCACCCCGCACUCUACACAGACGACCGCCAACUCUACACAGACGACCGCGAACUCUACGCAAACCGCGGAGGCAAUAGCGAGGGAUUUCGUGACGAAGGCUGUUGGAAUGGCAGCGAAGGCUAUUCGUGAUGAGUUGGAGAUGGCAGCAGAGAUGACCAAGGGUACCGGUUUGGAUAGGUACCGUUCUUCCAACGAUAAGUGUGAGGACAUAGACUUUAACCCUCAGCCGACGGACAUUUUGAUGCAGGGUCCUGGCCAUACGUUGAGGUUGGACACGGACCCUUGUGGUAGUGGGAAUAACGCCACCUUGCUGGCUCGCGGUCUUGGAGGAAUACGGAGCUCCCAGUGUUUCGACUUCAUUUCCGAUGAUGCCUGGAACUCAGGUACUCCUCUAGUGAAAGACGGCACCUUCUUUUCGUUGUGGUUCAAGCUAGGUCAAGUCUUUGGCCGCACAGGUCGGGAAGAGUAUAUUGUGAGAUGUCACGAUACAGAUAAGAUGAGAGACAAAUUGCUCAUGGCAGCCUCCCGAGAUAACCGUGUAGAAACGCUUUACGACACCACUGGUCUCGGCGUUGCUCGGACCCCGGAGGCUCUUGAACGUUUCGUUCAAAUAGUUAAGAGCAAGUACCCGCCCACAAUUGUCGCUGACAGAAAAGAAGAACUUAGUGACAUCUGGUUCAACGCGCCUUGUGGAACCGGCGUUUGGACUACCCAGGAUGAUUACCCCAACUGCGUGUGUCAACAACUUAGCGUUACUUGCGAAAUGGCCGACCGCCAACACGUCAGACUCGAUACUGUCUUCGACGCUGAAUAUGACGACCCGUCCGAGAGCGUACGCGGACGCGUCUUCAGAGACCACAUUCUCCCCAUAUCCGAUAUGCCAGGAAUGCAAAUCAAACGCUGUCUCUACCAAUGCCUCACCAAGAUACUUUUUGAUUAA